AUUUGGGGACUCAAAUUUCCGGUAGGAAUUUAAGCUGAACAAAAUCUUACAAAAUAAGACAUUCUAGAAACAACAAUGUCAGGCCUAGCUAGUACAAGGGAAAAGAGGCAGAAUGCAGGCGCCAAGAUGGCCUCACUGCUGGAGGCAGAGGAUGAAGAUGACUUCUACAAAACAACAUAUGGAGGCUUUAAUGAGGAGGAAGAUGACAGAGAGUAUGAAUCUGAGCAAUCAGAAAGUGAUGUUGAUUACUCUGACAUUGAUAUUGAUGAAGCCGAUGAAGUUAGAAGUGACAUGGAAGAUGAUGAGCCAAAGAAGAGAAAGCGGGGAGCAGGUGUCAGCACCAAGGCUUAUAAGGAGCCAGCCCCAAAGAAACCUAAGGAGGAUGAAGAGAAGAAGACGAAACAAAAGACAAAGGAGAAGAAGAGGACCAAGCCUCCUCCCUCCAUACAGAUAUACAAGUCCAGUCCAGAGAAAAAGAGCCUGCGUAAAUCUACUGCUGAGCGUACCAAGGAACGGGAGGAACGCGAAAAAGAACGCGAGUUAAAGCAGAGGAUGCUGAAGGACAUUGCGGCCCAGAAGCGUGUAGCCGAGGUGCGACGCCUCACACAGGAAGAGCUCCUUGAAGAGGCCAAGAUCACGGAGGAACUCAACCUACAGUCUCUCGAGAACUAUCGUCGACUGGAGCUGGAGAAGAAGAGUAGACGAGCCAUCAAAGCAAAGGAGACAGGCCCAGUGAUCCGCUACCACUCUCUUACCAUGCCUCUCAUCGAGGAAGUGCCGGAUGAUGAUGACGAGGAAGAGAAGGUCUUGUCAGAAUCAAAGGAGAGCUGUGAACGGACAUUUAUAACUUUCACAGAUGAGCGUAUUGUCAAAAAAUAUUUUGCUGAGAAAAAGCACAAGCCUCCAUUGAGACAGUUCUGCCCGGUUACCAGACUUCCUGCCAAAUACUUUGACCCAGUCACGAAUACACCAUACGCAACCCUGCAGGCAUUUAAAAUUAUUCGGGAGGCGUAUGCUCAGCAAUUACAGAAUGAACCUCCCAAAAAGUCUCGAAACUCAAUUAGUGGAGAAAUGACUGGAGAUGUUGCCGUAAAGUCUUGAGGGUUUGAUACCAUUAUUUGAUGAUAUAAGCAUGAUAGUGUUUAUUAAUGUGUGUGCUAACAGUGGAAGUGACUGUUAUGAAUUGAAAAGGUACGACUUGCAUAUAUAUAUGUGACAUACCAUACACUGGACUGGUGAAAACUGAAGUGUGUUCUAAAGAUUACAAAUAUGAAGGAAAUUUAAAAGGAAAACAUUAAAGUGGUGAUGUUGAUGCCAUUCUGAAGCUUUAAUUCCUUUUUUCAAUGAUUUAUUGUAUUUAUUGUUAUACUCCUGCAAAAUAAGUUUUGAAAAUAUAUAUGUACAUGUAUACCAGUCAAGGUUGGUCUGUAGAUUGGUUGCAAAAGGGUUUUGGAGCAGAGUUCUUAACAGAUAAGAAGUAUUGGUACUUGGCACACAAUAUCACUGUAAUGUGUACUAUGACCUAACAUAUUGUUUCUGUGACCCAGAGCCAAGACAUUAUAGAGCUAUCAGCAAUGGAACAUUUUGUACCUUGUCUGUUGUUUUUGGUUUAGAAGAAAAAUCUAGGUAUAAACAUGGCCUUGUUUUUGGUGGCAUCAUUGGCAAUGUCACAAUCUCAUUAAAUCAUCAUGUUUGCAUUGUUCAUUAAGCUGUGUACAAAAGUGUAACAUUGUGAAGUGAUUACUGGGAACCUUGUUUUAAUGGCCUUUGGCAUCGUGCCAAAAAUGUUGGCUGUAAGUUUGAAUCCAUUCCUUUUUAGCUCGUCGAUUCGAAGAAUAAGGAGAGCUAUCCUAGUCACCCAAGCGUCGGCGUAACCACUUAUGUUAAAGUUUGCGUACCACCUCAAAUAUUUUCAAAGUCCAUUGACAUAUGGCUUUGAAACUUAGCACACUUGUUCACCAUCAUGCCCCCAACUUAUACACAGGAGGAGGUAACUCUAUCAAGCAUUUUGACAAAAAAUUUCGACUUAGAAGUUACGUUAAAGUUUGCGUACCACCUCAAAAAUUUACAAAGUCCAUUGACAUCUGGCUUUGAAACUUUGCACGCUUGUACACCAUCAUGCCCCCAACCUAUACACAGGAGGAGGUCACUGUAUCAAGCAUUUUGACAAAAUUAUGCCCCCUUUUCUACUUAGAAUUUAUGUUAAAGUUUUCGUACCACCUCAAAUAUUUUCAAUGUCCAUUGACAUCUGGCUUUGAAACUUCGUACUCUUGUUCACCAUCAUGCCCCCAACCUGUACACAGAAGGAGGUAACUCUAUCAAGCAUUUUGACAAAAUUAUGCCCCUUUUUCGACUUAGAAUUUACGUUAAAGUUUGCGUACCACCUCAAAUAUUUUCAAAUUCAAUUUAUGUAAAUUUCUCAGCACAUCAUGUAUUGCAUUAAAAUCUAAUCUAACAGUGAUCCAUGCAUGUUUCGCCAAAACUUUUCAAUCCAUACACCGAAAAGCGGCGGAAUAGUUGAGCGCGCUGUCUCUGUGACAGCUCUUGUUAUUGUCAAAAUUGGACCAAAUUGAGGGUGUCUUCUCUGUUCAUUGACCAUUUUUCUUCCAAUCUUUACUAAGCCAGGCAAUAGUGUUGAUUGGCCUUAUAUCUUUAAUGAGUUUAUAACUAGCCUUAUCCCUUCUCUAGCUCCCUUUCUAUGGCAUUUUAAUUGUCUUAAAAAACAUUACCAUACAUAGUUACUUUGUUAAUGUGCAUUAUAUCUCAGACAUGAUGAAUAACUAGGGGUAUACUUCAGUUUCUCCUGCCAAAGUUAUUGGCCUGUAUAAACAUUGAUUAUAUGGAAAUGAUAUCUCUCAUACGUUUCCUAAAAUUGUCUGAAAUUCAUUGCCAUGCACUGAUUGACAGUUGGUUUUUGCCCGGCAUAGCUGGGUUAUAUUGCUGGGUAUAUAUUCCCAUGUGGGAUGUAAACAUAUUGUAGUGCCUAUCUAAAUGACUAAUAAAUAAAAAUAACAGAGCUAAA